AUGGAGGAUGCGCCAGAGCCCGAGGCCCCGAAGGCAAGGGCGGCUCCUUCGAAGCCCCAGUCGUCACGGAAUAAAGAACCUGAGCCGGUUCCGGCCGUGAAAACGGAGGCUGAGGAGGACACGCCUGAGUCGGCAUCUGAGGUGGAAGAGGAGGAGCUUCAAGACGAAGAGGAGAAGCCCGAGGUGGCGGCCAAGGCGCGGCAGACGGUCCAAGCCAGCCUCAAUUCGGAUGUCAAACACCCAUAUCCGGACUGGAAAGCCGGCGAGCCAGUGCCGUACGCCGCGCUGUGCAAGACCUUCUCGCUGAUCGAACUCACCACCAAGAGGCUGGAGAUCCUGGCGCACUGCUCGCUGUUUCUGCGUCAGGUCAUGAGGCUAACGCCGGACGAUCUCCUGCCGACCGUUUUACUCAUGGUCAACAAGCUCGCGCCUGACUACGCCGGUAUUGAACUGGGCAUUGGCGAAUCGUUGAUCAUGAAGGCGAUCGGCGAGACGACGGGCCGCAGUUUAGCCGUCAUCAAGCAGGACCAGAAGGAGAUCGGGGACCUCGGCUUGGUCGCCGUGAAGUCCAGGUCAACGCAGCCAACCAUGUUCAAGCCAAAGCCGCUCACUGUCCGAGGUGUCCACAAAGGGCUUAUGGCAAUCGCCACAGUAACCGGCAAUGGCGCACAAGGAAGGAAGGUGGACGGCAUCAAGAAGCUUUUGUCGGCGGCGGAUGCGAACAGCACGGGCAAGGUGGACAUCACCAAGGAUAAGGGCGGUCCGAGCGAGGCCAAGUAUAUCAUUCGCUUCCUUGAAGGCAAGCUAAGGCUUGGGCUGGCCGAGAAGACGGUCAUUGUCGCGCUUGCGCAGGCUGUGGUCGCGCAUGAAGCAGCCAGGAAGGGCAAGGUGCCGAGUACCUCUGACAUUGAGAAGGGCGAGUCCAUUCUCAAGGCAGUUUACAGUGAGCUUCCGAGCUACGAUGUCAUUAUCCCUGCGAUGGUGGAGCAUGGCAUUUUGAAUCUCAAAGAGCACUGCAAGCUGCGGCCUGGCGUCCCCCUCAAGCCCAUGUUGGCCAAGCCGACCAAGGCAAUUACGGAAGUGCUGGAUCGUUUUGAGGGCCAGACCUUCACAUGCGAGUACAAGUAUGACGGUGAACGAGCGCAGAUUCACUAUGUCGCCAAAGACACGGAUGAAGAGCUCAGUCAGUCGGCGUCAGGCGCCUCGAAGGAGGUCGGCCGCGGCGUGGCGGCGAUCUUCUCGAGGAACUCGGAAGACCUCUCCAAGAAGUACCCCGAUGUGCUCGCCAAGCUCCCCACGUGGGUGAAGGAGGACACCAAGAGCUUCGUCCUCGACUGCGAGUCGGUAGCGUGGGACGUGAAGGAGAAGAAGGUCCUGCCUUUCCAGCAGCUCAUGACGCGCAAGAAGAAGGACGUGAAGGUGGAGGACGUCAAAGUCAAGGUGUGCGUGUUCGCCUUCGACCUGCUCUAUCUGAAUGGCAAGCCGGUUGUGGAGAAGCCGCUGAGGGAGCGCCGCGAACUGCUCCAUCAGGCGUUCCAACCUGUCGAGGGCGAGUUCGCCUUUGCCACGUUCAUGAACGGCCAGGAACUGGACGAGAUCCAGUCGUUCCUCGAUGAGUCGGUUAAAGCCUCCUGCGAGGGCUUGAUGGUCAAGAUGUUGGAUGGCGAGGAGAGCGGAUAUGAGCCGAGCAAGCGGAGUCGCAACUGGCUCAAGAUCAAAAAAGACUACCUCUCCGGGGUCGGCGACUCCCUCGAUCUGGUCGUCCUCGGCGCGUACUACGGCAAGGGCAAGCGCACGUCGGUUUACGGCGCAUUUUUGCUGGCGUGUUACAACCCCGGCACGGACACGUACGAAACAGUGUGCAACAUCGGCACCGGUUUCAGCGAGGCCGUGCUCGAGGAGUUGCACGAUUCGCUCUCGCAGAUCGUCAUCGACCGGCCCAAGCCCUUCUAUUCGCACAGCUCGGUCGGGCAGCACCAGCCCGAUGUCUGGUUCGAGCCGCGGUACGUGUGGGAGGUCAGGACGGCGGACCUGACGCUCAGCCCGCGGUACAAGGCGGGCAUGAAGGAGGGCGUCGACCCGAGCGGCGAGAAGGGCAUCAGCCUGCGGUUCCCGCGCUUCAUCAAGGUGCGCGACGACAAGAAGCCGGACGAAGCGACCACGAGCAGGCAAGUGGCCGAGAUGUAUCGCAAGCAGGAGAGCGUGACCAAGAGCAAGGGCCCGGCGGUGGAUGAUGAUUUCGAGUAUUAG